AUAUUUAAUCUUCACGAGCUUCAAUUCACGCCGCCUCACAACAUCUCUGCGACACCGAUUCUCCCUCUCGUCUUGGCUUCUUAUCCCACACAGUCGCCGGCGUUACCCUCUCCCUCUCGUCUCGGCUUCUCCUUCUCGGUGUCCGUCGCCGACGGUUUCUCAUUUCAUUUUCUCCGCUGGCGUUCUCUCAGUCUACCUCUCGGACUUCAUCCCAUUUUUUGACACGCUGCAUCCUUUGAAUCAAAUUUUUCCUCUUUUCUUUUGUUAUUUCUGGCUAUGGAGGAGGAGAUACGAACCUCUGUUGAUUCGUCUUCUUCAGUCAAUCUUCCUUUGCGAACCAUCUGUCAUGUCUGCCACAAGCAAUUUUCACAGUAUUCCUGUCCUCGUUGUAAUUCUCGUUACUGUUCUCUGCAAUGUUACAAGUCUCAUAGUAACCGUUGUACUGAGUCCUUCAUGCGAGAAAAUGUUGUUGAGGAGCUGCGUCAAUUGAGGACAGACGAUAGUGCUAAACGUAAAACGCUUGACAUCUUAAAAAGGUUUCAUGCCGAAGAGGAAAUGGAAGACUUGGAUGAGGAGGAUGAUUCAACUUUAUCUGAGGAAACUACUGAAAAAGUUCUCGCAGGUGACCAACUAAGUUUUGAUGAUUUGUCUGAGGAGGAGAAGAAACGGUUCUUAAGAGCAAUGGCAUCAGGAGAGUUGAGCAAGAUGAUUGAACCUUGGGAAGCUUGGUGGAUGAAACCUUCUGCCAGAACAAUAUCUCUGAGCAAAGAAGGAACACCACUUGUUCAACUCCAUGCUGCGGAGAGAAUGACAACUUCACUAACAAGUGAAACUGAAGUGAUGCAAUCAAGUGGAAUUCCCCAAGCACCUGAUACCCCGUUACCUCCACUUAGCAAGCUUAGUACUGCCGAGCCAUCACCCCUGUUGGCUGUUCACUUGAUUGAUAUCAUUUAUAGUUAUUGUUUCACACUUCGCUUGUACAAUGGAGACUGGCAAUCAGAUGCUACGGGGUCAGCUCUGGUUGUUUUGAGUAUCUCCUCUGUCUUGGGUCAAAAUGGUAAACCGGAAACAGUUUUAGAAGCCUUGUCAUCUUGCUUGGAACAAACAUGUUCUCCAGCUUAUCGACACGUGGGGGGUUUGCAGCUUGGAUUGAGUCUGAUUGACGAUGUCUCAACCCUGCUUUCAUUGGGCUGUCCUGCUUUAGUGUGCUUGCUUUGCGACUUGCAAAGGCUUAUUCAAGCUGGGGAGAGAGAUCUGAAAUCAGAAAAGAGGAGAAGAAAAUCUAAGUGGUCAGAUAUUGGCACUAAGCUUAAACACGCUGACAGGAAGAUCUUUUUCAUCAUGUGUUGGGUUCACGAGCAGCCAAGCGAAGUUUGGUCAACUUUGGAGAAUAUCGUAAAGAUGGAAAAAAGUUCAAUUAUGGAGUUUGAGAAUCAUAAAAUGUCGACAAAAAUGGAUAGCAAGGUCAAAAGCGGGGAUAAAGUUUUGAUACAGGAGAUAUAAUAAGAAUCAUGUGCAUACAUGUUUAUAUUUGUCUUUGUUGUGUGUUACCUUUGACCACCGAUAUAUUAAAGACCCAUUAUCAUCCAUUUUCUUCAGGGGUUUUAAUGGCUUGUGUGCUUAAUCCUUGGAGAGAAUUGUACAUCUUUUUUCAACCUUCCCUUGGAGCAAAUUUGUUGACAUUACUCAUGCAAAAUUUGUCAUUUCUCUCAAAAUCUAAGAUGAAAAGUGUUGAGAUUCUUAUUCAAAAUUUGUCGAGAA